CUUUUAUUGUUAACAUACCUAGGUUCCUGCCUGGAGGAUUUGGUGAUCCCCUGCUACUAGACACGGAAGCCUGUUAAGCGAAAGCUUCUUCUAUUCCGUCCACAACCAUUUGAACCAUUUGAACCAUUUGAGGAUUGAAGACUAUUGGUGAUUUCGAGGUCAUAGAUUGUGAGGGUUUUUCAAUCUUGUGAUGACAAGUAGUUCAAACAGACGGGAUAAUACUAAACUGCAAAAUGAAAGACAUCAGCUCAUAAUUCAGGAGUUACUUCGUGAUGACGACAAUAAGUACUGCGCAGAUUGUGACGCGAAAGGGCCACGUUGGGCUUCCUGGAAUAUUGGCAUUUUCUUGUGCAUAAGAUGUGCAGGGAUACAUCGCAAUCUGGGUGUUCAUAUAUCCAAAGUUAAAUCAGUUAACCUUGAUACAUGGACUCCUAUGCAGUUGGCUGUUAUGAGGGAAAUGGGUAAUAGCAGAGCACGAGCUGUAUAUGAAGCAAAUUUGCCUGAUAAUUUUAGAAGGCCACAGACAGAUGCUGCGUUGGAGACGUUCAUUCGAGCAAAGUAUGAACAGAAACGGUACAUAGCGCAAGAAUAUACCCCAAGUAAACCCGAUGUGGAAUCUUUAAUGAAAGAAUUGCAACGUCUUGAAUUGUCUCAAAAGAAAAAAUCGCCUACUGUGAGCUUGGGUGCUCAUUUACAACAGCCUACCAGCAGAACGCAUCGUCCAUCUAAGGAGCUACCAGUAACAGUAAGCUGAUUAUUUUAUUAUGGUACUCCCGCUAAAGUAAGAGUCUUUUACUGAGUUGCUUUGUAUGGUACACGUUUUUGGUCUCGUGUUGUACCAAAUGUUCUGUGUUAUGGAUAAAAUAAAAUGUUUUGUUUAAUUUUCGUAGCGUUUGACAAAUAUAACUACCCAUUUUAUAGGCUUAUUCUGUUUUUCAUUUACUCUGAUUCUGUUGUAAUUAUUCUGUGUAUCAGUCCUUGAGUAUAUCAAUUAUUUUAUCCUAUUAACUCAUAUGUCUCGCUUCUUUAGUAUGCUUACUGGCUUGCUCUCAUUUUGCGUCAUGGAUUUUCUCUUUUCAAGUCAUCUGAAACAGAUAAUGUUAACAGGACAAACAACGAUUUUGACCUUCUGGGGCUUGACAGUGCUUCUAGUCCAGAAAAUAAAAAUAAUCUAUUUGAUCACGGUGGUUUUAGUCAAGCAACUUUUGGAAAUCAACAAAAACAGUCAACUGCUGGACAACAACCAGUCAGCUCACUAGUAGAUACGACCCAACAUAUACAAAAACCUAAAGAUACUGCAUCUAGCUUGACAUCUGAUCUUCUGGGUUUGGACUUUGGAUGCACUAACUUGGUCGGUGAAAAGACUACAAAUGUAGCUAAUGAUGGACAAGUGUCUUCAGGAUCCACGUCAAAGAUAACCAAAGAUUCAAUCUUGGCUUUGUAUCAGCAAAGCGCACCACAGUCAAGUAGUUUGAAUUCCGCAUUGUAUCCAGGAACUAUGGGACAGUUCUCAACUUCUAACUUUUCAGGAAAUCAGUACUUUGGAUGUAAUCCUCCACUUGAUAAUUCUACGCAUAACAAAAAUAUAAACAAUUCGGGUAAUGGGGAAACGAAAGAGCCACAUUUUCCUCCCAAUCAAUUUUUAUCAUACGGUUUGGGCAUAAAUCCAGCUGGAACUAAUAAUUUGAAUGGAUCAUUGCAAUUUAUUGUGAGUAAAUUAUGCAUUGUAAGCUUUUCUUUUUACCAUAGUUUUAAUUUUUAAAAGGGAUCCAGUUAAUAUGUUUCAUGUAUGUUAUGUUCUCAAGUACGUUUAUGGUUUAGUUUAGUAUUGAUAAUUUUAAAUUAAGCUAUUUGUAUAUUUUUAUACUAAGGAUAACUGAAAAUGUAACCGAGUAUAGUUGCUUGCAUUGUUGAUCUUCCUGGUACUUAGGUUUAAAUUUAGUCAAAACUCCGAACAUGAGAAAUACAUCAAAUAUUGUUUUAGGUAUUCUAGUGUAGUAGAGUGUACUGUUCGUCCUACAAACUUAUCACUAAUCCUUCGAAAUUUUGAGCAAUCAUUUAGUACAUGUUUAAAAGUAAAGUUCAUAAGGUUAAGCAUUUUUAAAAGAUAUGCUCUUGUUGACAGUGCGCCGUACCAGUAAAAUAUUGAGUUGGUAACUCCUCAUUUAAACUGCUUUAUAUAUUGCACAAACUUUCAAUUAAUGAGGUGUGAAAGUUAUCUUUCGGUAUCAGCUUGUGGUAAACUUCAAACAGACAGGCAUCAUCAGUAUAUUUCCUGGCAUAAAUGUGCGUUAGCACAAGUUGCCUUGAAAGAUUAGUAAGACCAAUGAAAAUAGCAAAAUAGAUCGAAAGAGGUGUAAUGGUAAUGGUAGUAGUGAUAAAAGGAGAACUGAACCUUGUGAAUAUGGCUUGAGAAGACAGAGUGGAAGAGUAUGUAUUUAGGAAUCCUGGAAUCCAAGAUUGAUAAGAAGAAAAGAUUUGCAUCUUUGUGAAUGAUUCUGAACUUUAUCACCCAGUAUCUCUAACAAUUAUUUAUAAUCUCUAGGACCCCAAUCAAGUUUGUAUCUACCAACAUAUCUGUCAGUGACUUCCUGAACUAAUGCCACGUUUUGGUUUGAUCCUUAAACUUCAUAUAUCCGUAAUUGAUUUCAUGUAUGUCGUUCAGCCUUGUACAACAAGGAUAACUCAUUUUAAAAAUAACAAUUUAAUAUAAUGCUACUCAGCUGCUAAGUUUGUGAUCAUAUUUUCGGAAUUAAACUCCAAUUUUGUGUCCUCCUACUCGAUCGAUGAUCGAUGAUUCAAACUUGCAACAUGAAUUGUUGAAUGCCUACCAUUUUAAUCACUAAGCAACUAAAUGUUGCUCAUAACAACACAGUUUAUGUUCUGAGAUUUCCCCAUGUUACACAUUUGACUUGUGGCUUUUCAUAUUGUAAUUAAUUGUUUUUCUCUUUCUGUUUUGAAUUUGCAAGCCUCCGUCACCUAAUUUCGCUGUCUGGCCUGAAAAUAAUACCUCCGCAUGCUCAUCUAUUGCAAUACAACCGAAUCAGAACAUUGUUCGUCCGAAUCAGUCGUUUGCUUUCAGUAAUACCUUAAACUCCAACCGUAAUAAUCCAUGCACGAACACUUUAUCUCAGUUAUGGAAUAUGAACAUGAAUCAAACAUUACCAAAUCAAACGUUUGGGAAUUUCGUUUCUCACUCAGCAAAUAACAACGUGGCACCAAACAAUGAAAUGUAUUUAUCUCAGGUAACGUAUGAUGUGUUUAUGUUUUUUUAAAUGUUAGAACACAUUCAGUAUAGUUUUCAUCAUAAACUGAAAUCAACUGGAAAGCCAUGAAAAAAUAAUAUGAAGUAGAAAUCUAUUUUAUCGUAGUUCAGAUCCCAUCAACGACGCGAACUGGCGAGUUCACUAAGGAUCGAACUCAUUGCCUUUAGGUUUUAAUAAUAGCUGUAGACCACUAAAUCGAAGCCCAGUAAUGACAUUUCCAACUUCAGUUAUUUUACGAUACAGAUAUUGUUCUUAUCGUGAGUCCUUAAAGUCUUUCGUCGUAUUCCUCAUUGGUGUACAUUAACAAGAAGUUACAAAGUAUAACGACAUUGCCGUAUAGUGCUUUGCCGUCCUCGUCAAUGGUCAACCAGAUAAAUUCAGUUAGUGGCAAAAACAAGGCUUUUAAGUUUUAUACAUACCAUUGAAGUCUUGUAUUUUUCUUAGCCAUGUGUAAUUUUUUUCACAAAAGUUUAAAUUGUCUAUUUAUUUUACCUCAAUGUACUUAAAUUAAAAUUUCUCAAUAUUGUUAGUAGUUUCAAAACUUUGUUGUCGACUUUUGAUUCAUUACAUAAUAUGUGACCUCCCACUUAUUAAUAUUUGUCAUUUUUUGGGGCUAUACAAAGAUCAUACAGGGUCACUGAUUCCCUCCCUAACUUUGUCUCCCUUCAUAUGUUAACAGGUUUCGUUUUUUAGCGUAAAUUCCUAACGCUCGAUUGCUACGCUAACUUUGCUAAAUAAAAUCCGAUUUCUACCAAUCUUAAAAGUUCAUUGACAAUACAUGAUAUAUUUAUUCGUCUCAAUUUCAGGUUAAAAGUCAGUUAACUUCAUUAUAUCUUGGCAAAAGUCCACUGAAUCCAUAAAAUUUGUCAGCUAACUGUCUGAUAGUUUGGAUGAAUUUAACUGUCGUCAAACGUGCAUAUCUUAUAGAAAAUACAAACAAAUUAUCAUGUCACCUUAUACAUUUCGUUGUUCCCAUAGAUCAACUGUGAUAUAUUUAAAAAUGAAUAAUCAAAUGUUUGACAUUAUAAUUCAUGUUAAAUUUUUCUACCAUAUAAAUUCAAAUCUUUUAUUUUAUCGGGACAGCAUUUUAAUCCCAGUAGUCCGUUUUAAAUGUAUGUAAAAAAUGUUUGUAUUUGUAGCGUCUUUUCUCUUCACUUACCCACAAUCUCACAAAUAUUGUUUUUCUAUUACACUGAUACGAAUCAAUUGUCGUUGAUAUAGUUUUUUUCUUGUUUUGCUUAAGUAAUGAUUCAAAUUGGUAUAUAUAUAUAUAUAUAUAUAUAUAUAUAUAUAUAUAUAUAUAUAUAUAUAUAUAUAUAUAUAUGAUUUUUGACCUUGAUUUCCUCGUAACCAAUAUAAACAAGUUGAUGAUUUGGCAGAUAUUUCUUUCAUCUAUCUUGUUCUUACUACACACUCUCUUUUUCUGUUCACUUUAAUGACAAGCAAUAGGUUUUUGUUGUAAUGACCCAUUUAUAGGUAAAGUUUAAUCUAUUCUCUUUAUUUCCCUACACAAUGUUUUAAUUAAUUACUAUUUGUCGAUUGGACUAUUUUAAAUAAGUUUUUGUUUUGAAAAAAAAC